AAAGGAAUCCACCGUAUGGAGGCCAUGCUGUAUGCUCUGGACCAGAUCAACAGUGACCCUGACCUGCUGCCCAACAUUACGCUGGGAGCCCGAAUUCUGGACACCUGCUCACGAGACACAUAUGCUCUGGAGCAGUCUCUGACCUUUGUCCAGGCACUCAUCCAGAAGGACAACUCGGACGUCCGCUGCUCUAACGGUGAGCCACCAAUCAUUCCCAAACCUGAGCGUGUGAUUGGAGUCAUUGGAGCCUCAGCCAGUUCUGUGUCCAUCAUGGUAGCCAAUGUAUUACGUCUCUUUGCGAUUCCCCAGAUCAGUUAUGCUUCUACGGCUCCAGAGCUAAGUGAUAACACCCGCUAUGACUUUUUCUCUCGUGUGGUGCCCCCUGACUCCUUCCAAGCCCAGGCCAUGGUGGACAUUGUGAAGGCCAUGGGCUGGAACUAUGUCUCCACACUAGCCUCAGAGGGAAACUAUGGAGAGAGUGGAGUGGACGCUUUCCUCCAGAUCUCCAGAGAAGCAGGAGGUCUGUGUAUAGCCCAAUCCAUUAAAAUUCCUAGAGAGCCAAGACCGGGGGAGUUUGAUAAAAUCAUUAAGAGGCUAAUGGAGACGUCCAACGCCAGAGGAGUCAUUAUCUUCGCUAAUGAAGAUGACAUCAAGCGGGUCCUUGAAGCAGCCAAGAGGGCGAAUCUCACAGGUCACUUCUUGUUUGUGGGCUCUGAUAGCUGGGGGGCCAAAAUUGCCCCCAUCCUGAAUCAGGAGGAUGUGGCAGAAGGAGCGGUCACCAUCCUGCCCAAAAGAGCGUCUAUAGAGGGCUUUGACCAGUACUUCACCUCACGCUCUCUGGAGAACAACAGGAGAAACAUAUGGUUUGCAGAAUUCUGGGAAGACGAUUUUAAGUGCAAGUUGACCCGCCCAGGCAUUAAACUGGACAGUGGCCAGAGGAAAUGCACAGGAGAGGAGCGGAUCGGCAGGGAUUCUCCAUAUGAGCAGGAGGGGAAGGUACAGUUUGUCAUUGAUGCAGUUUACGCCAUGGCCCACGCUCUUCACAGCAUGCACAUAGACCUGUGCCCAGGGUCCACGGGCAUCUGCGACAGGAUGGACCCGGUGGAGGGCAGACUGCUACUAAAAUACAUUCGUGCUGUCAACUUUAACGGCAGUGCAGGUACUGGGGUUAUGUUUAAUGAGGACGGAGAUGCCCCGGGACGUUACGAUAUCUUCCAGUACCAGCUCUCCAACACCACCAACCCAGGAUACAAAAUCAUCGGCCAGUGGACCAACCACCUACGACUCAGUGUAGGUGACAUGCAGUGGUCAGGAGGAGACAAGCAGGUUCCAGACUCGGUCUGCAGUUUUCCAUGUGAGCCAGGUGAACGGAAGCGGAUGGUGAAGGGUGUUCCGUGCUGCUGGCAUUGUGAGCUGUGUGAUGGAUAUCAGUUCCUGCUGGAUGAGUUUAACUGCGACAUGUGUCCGUUCGACAUGCGGCCCACGCCCAACCGCACGGGCUGCAGGCCCACACCUAUCAUCAAGCUAGAGUGGAGCUCUCCCUGGGCCAUUAUUCCAGUUUUCCUAGCCGUCCUGGGUAUUCUAGCUACCACCGGCGUCAUUGUCACCUUUAUUCGCUUCAACGACACACCAAUUGUACGCGCGUCUGGCCGAGAGCUCAGCUAUGUUCUGCUGACUGGAAUCUUCCUCAUCUACCUCAUUACAUUCCUGAUGAUCGCAGAGCCCGGCGCAGUGGUGUGCGCGUUUCGCCGUUUGCUGCUUGGACUUGGCAUGUGUAUCAGCUACGCCGCUAUGCUGACCAAAACCAACCGCAUCUACCGCAUCUUUGAGCAGGGCAAGAAGUCUGUGACUCCGCCCAAAUUCAUCAGCCCCACCUCCCAGCUCAUCAUCACCUUUAUCCUCAUUUCAGUGCAGCUGUUAGGUAUUUUUAUCUGGUUCGGCGUGGUUCCCCCUCACACUAUAAUCGACUUUGAGGAGCUGCGGCCCCCAAACCCCGAGCUGGCCCGAGGGAUCCUGAAGUGUGACAUGUCUGACCUGUCUCUGAUUGGCUGUCUGAGUUACAGCAUGGUGCUAAUGGUCACAUGCACCAUUUACGCCAUAAAGAGCCGUGGCGUUCCCGAAACCUUCAAUGAGGCCAAACCCAUCGGCUUUACCAUGUACACCACCUGCAUCAUCUGGCUGGCAUUCGUACCCAUCUUCUUUGGAACGGCACAGUCCACAGAGAAGAUGUUCAUCCAGACGACCACGCUGACUGUGUCCAUGAGCCUGAGUGCAACCGUCUCGCUCGGCAUGCUGUACAUCCCCAAAGUCUACGUCAUUAUCUUCCAUCCAGAGCAGAACGUGCAGAAACGGAAGCGCAGCUUUAAAGCCGUGGCCCAGGCCGCCGCAGUCUCCUCACGACUCUCGCAGAAAUCCAGCGACAAGCAGAAUGGAGAGACCAAAGCCGAGGCUGACCGGUCACAGUGAGGAAGU